AGUACUGCCAGGGCAGCAACGUACCCACAAGCUUGCUUUGUCAUCUUGCGUAGUUGCGUGCUGCAGAUACGCACUAGCUGGAAUGAUUUGUGGCUCCUCAUUUUAACCCCAAAAAGGAAGGACAACUUGAUCAUAUUAACAUGAUAACCUCAACGACCUAUCAAAGUUUGAGAACUACCAGUCUUCCUGUAUUUCUCAACCUUAAUGACUUCUGGUGGAGAAUCAUGGGAGAGCUGCCAGAUCAUGCCACUGAUGACCAUGACAGUAAUGAUCAGGAUACUAAAGGGGUAAAGAGUAAUCAGGAUUCCAAGCUGGAAUUCUCAGAAGAUGAGGUGACACUCAUUGCUAGGAUGUUCAGAUUGGUCGGAAAAAGGUGGUCUCUGAUUGCUGGGAGGAUUCCGGGAAGAACUGCAGAGGAGAUUGAAAAGUAUUGGAAUUCAAGGCCAACGUCGUCUUCAAGUACUUCGGGGGAAAGAUCAUGAUCACUCAAAUCCACAUGUCAACGACCAGUUUGGUUUGGCUUAAAUCACUGCUUGCUUUUGUAAAGAGUGUGAAGUUGCUGUUUUAGAUAAGCCAGAUGAGAAAGUAGUGUAAUGCAACAGUGCAUGAGCUUUUCUAUGAGAAAAUGUAAGAUUUUGUCAGAACUGUGUUACUUUUUUUUUUAAAUAAUAUUUUUUAAUAAAAUCUAUUUGCAAGCCCA